AUGCUUCGUUACAUAGCAAUUACAAUUAGUUUCAUUCUGAUUAAUGCUACUAUUGCUGUUCAAUUCAAAGGAUACGUUACAAAAACAAAAAAUGAAUACAACGUUGUUGUUGUUGGUAAAAGUGAAACAGUUAAAUUACCUAAUGAUCUAAAAGAUGUAUUAGCUUACUGUAACUGGGAAGAUUCUUACAAUGAAACAGGAUGGUCUGUACUCGAGAUAAGAACAUUCGAUAAUACAACAAAUGUUGAUCAGGCCUAUACAGCUGGACUUUUAGAAGGUCAAGCGACGCGAGACAUGAUUGUUUUGCAAUGGGCAAAUACAAUGGCCGAUUUAUGUAACGGUGAAAAUGCAAAAUUUUGCAAGUAUUUAAGAGAAUUUUUGACCAUUCAACUCGAAUGGAUGUAUGAUCAAGUAAAUGAACAUCCGAAUGAUGAAUAUUGGCAUCAAGUUAGUCUUGCAUUGAUUCAAUUAAACGGUCUGAUUGAUGGUUAUUACAAUGUUCACCGAGGUCCAAGAAUGAUGGUCGACAAUGUUCUUGAUUUACUUCUAUUUCAAAUACAAACAUCAAUCGAUGAUUUGGGAAAAUUAUUAGGAAUGCCUAAUAGCGAAAAACAUGAUUCAUGUUCAGCCUUAAUCAAAUUGUUACCAAACAAUGAAGAUUUAUAUGUGUCUCAUGCUGAUUGGUCGAAUUAUAAAACAAUGCUCAAAGUUCUAAAACGAUAUAUUAUGCCACUGAAACGAACACCUACAGGAGUACCUGUUCCUGGUCGAGAAACUGUCUUUUCAUCAUAUCCAGGAACAUUACACUCAGUUGAUGAUUUCUAUAUGACUCAACCUGCUGGUCUUACAGUUAUAGAAACUACAAUUGAAAAUUAUAAUGACGAUUUAUGGCGAAAUCUUAUACCAUUAUCCGUUCCAGAAUGGAUUCGUGUAAUUGUUGCAAAUCGUUUAUCAGCAACAGGUGAAGAUUGGGUUAAUACAUUUUUUAACAAUAAUGAUGGAACAUACAGCAAUCAAUGGAUGAUUGUCAAUUACAACAAAUUCAAACCACACUCACCUCCAAAUCCAGGGGCUUUAAUUGUUGCAGAACAAAUGAUAACAGAUUUUGAAUGGCAAGACAUGACUGAUACACUUAUUCGAGAUACAUAUUGGGCUAGUUACAAUAAUGUAUUUUUUCCCAGAUUAAGAACAUUGUCUAAAGAAGAAAAUAAGGGAAUGGAAUUUCCCCAAUUAUUUUCAUGGAAUGCUUCAUCUCGGGCACAAAUAUUUCUUCGCGAUCAAGGAAACGUGACAGAUAUGCAUUCAAUGAUUAGAAUGAUGAGAUAUAAUGAUUUUAAGAAUGAUCCUUUAUCACAAUGUUUAAACUGUACACCGUACAAGUACAGUAGUGAAUUAACAAUCGCUGCUAGAUGCGAUUUAAAUCCGUCAGAUGGAAAAUAUCCAUACGAUGUACUCGGACAUAGAGUUCAUGGCGCGACCGAUGCAAAAAUAACGAAUUAUACAAUGUUUCAAAAUCUAUCUCUUAUCGCAAUUGCUGGUCCAACAUGGCAGGGUCAAGAUCCAUUUAAUUGGAGUACAUCUGAUUUUGCCGCAACAACACCACAUCAUGGUCAUCCAGAUUCAUUUAAAUUUUAUCCAUUUACGCCCACUUGGAUAUUAUAA